AUGUGCGCGCCGCAGCAUCUCUUCCACGCGCCUCGCCAAUCCCAAGUGGUGUCCAACGCUUCGCUGGGCUGCCACUUUUGCUCCAUCAUCGUGGCGAGUAUUUCUGGGUGCACCGGCUGCCAUGGACGUGAACAGCAGCCUCCGGGCGGUGAUGAAAGGCCCAUGUACAUAUCGAUAGCCAUGCUGGACCCGGACAGCGGCACGUUUCUCAUCACCCUGUUCGCCUGUGAACAGUCCGGGGUGGCGAGCCACGACCAGAUACUGAAUAGCCAUACACUGACGCUGCGUCCAAUUCGAGGUAUGUCAGCAUGUCCAGAAGGCGCAGAGUCUCCCGGCCAGCACCAAAAACAACAAGCACAAGAACCACUGGCUUUGUCGCGGCUGCGGACCAGUACCUUUUCCGAGGCGUCUGCCGAGUUUAUACAAUCCUGGAUCCGCGAAUGCCAGACGACACACUUCUUGUGCGGGAGCGACUCUUUGGCUCUCGAGCUGCUUGGUCACGGUCAGACGCUGGGGUGGCCGAGGCGUCUGCUGGACCUGAAGGCUUUCGAGGACCAGGAAAAGAUACGGCUCAUCGAGACCGAGGGGAUGGUCCCACAGGUGGAGUAUUGCGCGUUGAGUUAUAGCUGGGGCCUCAGCAAGCUAUACGUGUUGACGUCCGCGACCCUGGGGGAUUUCCAUCGAGAGAUUCCGCUGCCAACGCUGCCCGUCCUAUUGAGGGAUGCCAUUCAAGUCGCCAGGCGUCUCGGUUUCCGGUACUUGUGGAUCGACGCUCUCUGUAUCAUGCAGGAUGGAGGCACCUUGCCGGCCGCGUCGGACGACUGGGUCGAUCAGGCGGGCAAGAUGAGCGACAUAUUCGGCAACGCCACGGUCACCAUUGCCGCCUCUGAGUGCGUGGACGGUACACAGAACCUGAUCAGGUCGCGGAAUCCGCUGGGCCAGACCAUCUGCCGCCUGGAUUCCUGCGCGCAAAUCCCCUAUGAAGUCGUCCCGCCCUGCACACCCCAUUGUCUGUCGCAUUCCUUUGACCGGGCGCAGUAUCACCUUGACAGCAGGGCGUGGGUGUUCCAGGAACGCAUUCUGUCACCGCGGACAGUGCACUGCACGCGGAACUUUAUUCACCUCGAGUGCAGGACCGAGCUCAGGUGCGAAGCUGCGUGGCCUGACGGCGAUCAUUGCCACCACCAAGGCGCCGUGUCCAAGGCGGACUACCAGUCCCUGUUUAUGUUUUCCGCCUGCGGCCUAGGCCUAGACGGGCUUGACGAGUUGGCCGUGGAUGGCUUCCUCGGCGUUUGGCACCAGCUGGUCCGACGAUACUGCCGUACGAGCCUCAGCCGCCGUCCAGACUUUCUCGUGGCCCUGGCCGGUCUGGGCACGCGGAUCCAACAGACCUGGGAGCUCACCUGGUCGUUUGGCCUGUGGCGAGAGCACUUGCUGCGCGACAUGCUGUGGUACGUGCGACGGGGCCGGGGAGCACCUUGUCGAGAGAGGGCGCCCACCUGGUCCUGGGCGAGCAUCGAGGUGCGGCGAGGUGAAGUCGUGCACGAUCCCGCGACACGCGUCUCGCUCGUCGCCGAGGUCACAGCGGCGCCCGAACCGUCGGACUUUGCGAGACAACCGUCCAUCUCGAUGAUGGAGGGUGAGGCGAACAAAUACUCGACGACCAUCCAGAAUGCCCCUUUCACCCAGACUGCGACCUCCCAGAAAACGUGGAGCUAUACAGCUUGCUCGUGGCUCACGUCGCCGGUGGAUUCGGGGAACGGACGACGGGCAACAACCCGCAGACCUCAAGCUGGGAGACGCAGGUGGGACUUGUCUUGA